GCAGAACCAUUUGUUUGCCUGUUGCGAACUGACCUCUUUUGAUUUUACUCUUGAUUUUCUUAAAUUAAUCAUUCAAUAUUUUUCAAUCAAUUUUACGGAUAAGGAUAAAUAAGGGAAAAAAAAACAAAAAUUAAAUUUGGUGAUAAAAACUAAAUCCAAAUUAAACUGUAGCCCUUGAGGCAGCCGAAUUUAUAGUUUGUGAAAUAGUAAAACAGAUUGAACUGUUUUUUUCUCAGUCGAUUUUAUAAUGAAAAUUUUAAUCAAUAUGAAACGGGAGUUAUACUUUGGUGUUGUGUGGUUGAUUGUUGUAUCUGGACUUGAUUCAAAUUCAGAUUUAUCUGGCCGUGAUCGUUUGCCAUGCAACCAAAUAGAUUCGAUCAAUAUCACAAGUGGAACCCUUAACGCGGAUAAAAGUAUUACGUUCAACGGCAGAAAUUAUCUGCCAAAUCGAUAUGCUCCACCAGUUAAGAAUGGAAAUAUUGUGUUUGAUACUCGUGGUUGUCUUUGUGAUCAAAUGAAGUGCAUUCGUUACUGUGUAAAAAAAGAUUUCCCACCGACAGGGUUUCAAAUUGAUGUUAUCAAUGCAAAUAAAGAAUGGGAAAAAAAAGAUUUUCAUGAACAUUUCGUAACUGUCAGAGGCAUAAAUUGCCCCAAACGAAUUGCAACAAAAUUCAACAUCCAAGAUGAUGGCAUGGUAGUCCCUAUUGGAGAUGAGAUUACAUCUAAACACCCCAGGAAUCAAAGUGAAUAUUGCCUUAAAAAAAACGAUGAUAAUGAAAUGAUAGCUGAAAUAUGCGAAGAACCAGAUGAUGUUAAUCCGAAGAAAUUUAUCAGAAGUGGAAUUGGUUUGUUAGUUUCGGUGCCAUUUUUAAUCGCAACGUUUCUGGUGUAUUUGUUUGUGCCCGAAUUGAGAAAUUUACACGGAAAAUGUUUUCUCUGCUAUUUGUUGAGUCUGACAAUGGCUUUCGUCCCACUGGCUAUAGCAAAAAUCAGUACCCGUAACGAAAUUCCCACUCCCUUUUGCACUGCAUACGCAUACACCGCCUAUUUUUCGUUUAUAUCGGCAUUCCUAUGGACAAGUGUAAUAAGCUCUGACUUAUGGAACAGUCUUGGAGCCACCGUCAAAUACAGAUUUACCUCAGAUAAAAACCAAUUCUAUUUGUACAUGAUUUUUGCGUGGGGUUUGUCGACACUUAUGACGUUCGCUGCAUUUUCGGCUGACCAAAUUGAUUUUGUUCCGAAAUCACUGCAACUUAAACUUGGCAAAGGAACCUGCUUUACGACAAUUGAGGUAAUCCCCAGAAUAGUGUACUUGUUUUUGCCAUUAUGCAUCACAUUCGCGAUGAACAUUGUCUUCUUCAUUUUGACGGCACUGAAAAUACGCUCAGUGAGACAUGAGCUAACCAAAGCAUCAUCGUAUGAUGAAAAUUCAAUGCAACCGGUCAACUUCAACACGAAUACACAUAGUUUCGCAAUCUAUUUACGCUUGAUAGUUGUGAUGGGCCUAAAUUGGAUUAUUGAAAUAAUUGAGGUGAUUCUAACGUAUGUCGAGGGGGGUAAAUAUGAAAUAAUUGCACAGGUACUGGACAAGUGCAAUGCUCUAAUGGGUGUGUUUACAUUUGGAUUAUUCGUGCUGAAGCCAAGCGUUCUUCAUUUGAUCAAAAAAAGGUGGCAUUUUUGGUUUGGAAAUUCUAGUCCAAAUGGCUCCAUUUCAUCAUAUGCAAGCUGGGUACCGCCCGAACAUUUUGUCACUGAUGUCAAACAACGUUGAAAUUCGGAUCUUAAUUUCUCAUAUCCAUGUUAGUUUCUAGAGCUCCAAAAAAACAUUCAUAUGUCAUUGUUUCCACAUUGCAAGCAGUGAGAAGUGAAUGUUAAUGUCUUCUUACAUUUUUGACAUUUGUUUAUUGUAAAACAAUUCUGAACUUAUACAUCGAAAUGAUUGGAAUCAUCUGAUUUAGUUAGAUUAAGUUACAAUUUAUUCGAAUACUUCAACAACAACAAAAUUUUGUUCCACAAAGAAUAGUACAAAAAUAAAGCGCUGUUAUCUGAGG